AUGACAAGUAGCGAUUUUUACGCCGUGGCGGCAGGUCGCUCCACUGGCAUCUUCACAUCAUGGAGAGAGUGUGAGACGCAAGUUAAAGGGUUUGCUGAUUGCAAAUUCAAGAAAUUUAAGACCCAAGGCGAAGCGCAGGCUUUCAUUGAUGCCCACAAGUGUCAAAACGUAAAGGCAAAUUCUAAAAGACCAAGGGAGGAGUGUGCUGAGGUAGAGAAGGAGUUCAACUCAAGUGCUAUUAAAAAACAACAUCGAAUUGAUACGUCAAAGAGAACUCAGGUGAAGACCUUAGUACCAGACAAACGUCAGGACUGUGUAGGUUCGUGGUAUGCAGUGGCAAAAGGGAGGGAGGCGGGAGAUCCAGAUCCAGAAGAUCCUAAUAGUUUAGUAGCUUUUUGUGAUGGAAGCGCCUUAAAUAACGGACGUGAAAGUUGUCGCGCAGGAUACGCUUGCAUCUUUCCCCACUGCGAGAAGUGGAAUGUAGCCAAACAAUUGGUAGAGAAACGAGCUACGAAUAACCGAGCGGAGUAUAUGGCGGCGCUUGAGGCAAUGAAACGUGCGAAUCUGGAGGAUCCCGAAAGAUCUCGAAUGUUAUUUAUCUUUUCAGACAGUAAACUUUUAAUUCAAUCAAUGACAGAGUGGGUUGACAAGUGGAAAAAGAACAAUUGGUUCAAGUCGAAUGGUGCUCUAGUGCAAAACCGAGAUUUACUCGAACUGCUUGUGACUGAAGAGGGCAGCCGCCGGAUUCGAUGGACUCAUGUGAAAGCUCACACAAAUAAAAAAGAUUGGAAAUCCAAGUGGAACGAUGUUGCCGAUAAUGCUGCCCGAAAUGCAGCCAUGAGUAUUUGCUGUGACUAG